UUAAAAGUACUCUGCCACUGCUUCCCUUGCAUUGCUGUUUCAUUAGAAAAUAAUAACAGAACUUCACAGGGAACAUCAGGUGAGUGCCUUUUACUAUUCCAGCCAUGGGUCAGUCCCCUCCUUCCACACCCUCGAAUAGAAAUGGUGGUGAUUUGGCCUCCAGCUUUGACAAGUUUUUUAAGGAAUUCAAGCUGGAUAGCAAAAUUAUCUCUCAGGAGACCAUCAGCACAAUUCAAUCACAUCUGGAGAAAGGGGAUCUUCAGAGUGCAUUUUCUGCAAUCAAUGAUGCAUUGCGAGAUAUUGACAAUGCCCCACUGAACAUUGCUGUGACCGGGGAAUCUGGGACAGGAAAGUCCAGCUUCAUCAAUGCCCUGCGGGGCAUGGGGCAUGAUGAAGAAGGGGCUGCCCCCACUGGGCCAGUGGAGACAACUUUUCUCAGAAAGGCCUAUAAACACCCAAAGUUUCCCAAUGUGACAUUUUGGGAUCUGCCUGGCAUAGGGACCACUAGCUUUCAGCCUCAGGACUAUCUGGAGAAAAUGGUAUUUAGGGAGUAUGACUUCUUUAUUAUCAUCUGUGCUACACGCUUCAAAAUCAAUGAUGUGCAACUGGCUACUGCAAUUAAAAAAAUGAAGAAGAAUUUCUACUUUGUCCGAUCUAAAGUGGAUAGUGAUUUAUAUAAUCUAAAAAGAAUUAAACCCAGAGAAUUCAAUAAGGAUGAAAUCCUGCAAAAGAUCCGCAAUGACUGUGUGAAACAUCUGAUGGAGGCCAAUAUGAGUGAUGCUCAGGUCUUCUUAGUCUCCAGCUUUGAGUUAUCUGACUAUGAUUUCCAAAGCCUGGAGACCACCCUUCUGAGGGAGCUCCCUUCCCACAAGCGCCACAUCUUCAUGCAAUACCUGCCGAUUGUUACUGAGGCCACCAUUGACCGGAAGAGGGAUUGCCUGAGACAAAAGGUCUGGCUGGAGGCCAUUAAAGCUGGAGCAUCAGCCUCCAUCCCUUUGGUGGGCUACAUCAGUGAUAACGAUGUGGAAACUUUAAAGGAUACUUUAACUCUCUACAGGUCUUACUUUGGAUUGGAUGAUAUAUCCCUGAAAACCAUAGCCAAGGACUUGAAUGUGUCCGUGGAGAAACUCAAGGCAAACCUUAUGUUUCCCCAUUUGCUAUCAGUUGAAAAGUACGAUGAACCAUUAGGGGAAAAACUGUUGAAAUAUGUGGAAAAAUUCUGCUCUGUUAGUGGAGGACCCAUUGCUGCUGGUAUUUACUUUAGGAAGAUUUACUAUUUGAAAAAUUAUUUCCUUGACACCGUGGUGAGUGAUGCAAAAGUUCUCCUUAAAAAGGAAGAGAUUUUUAAGGACCCUGUGGACUCUGAGCAAACCUAUCUACAUACGAAUGUUGGAAAUGAAAAUGGGAAAAGUGACACAUCCAGCUCCUGAAUUAUUCUCAGUGCUGGCAUGGCAGUGGUCCCUGGAAAAAUGACUUAGGGCUUCCUUCAAACAUCUUGACCCACUGCCCUCAAGGUGUAUCACAGGCAUCUCCAUAAUUCACUCUUGAAUAAACCUUGAACUUAGUGACUAUUAUUUGACAGUGAGAAUAAUGAGCUCUAAAGAAUCCUUCCUUCAUAUGAUCCUUCCUGGGAAAAUGAAAGAGAGGAAUCUGGAAUUUUCUGCUACUGGAGAGAAUAACUCUUUGUGUGAUGGUUGCUUAAUAACCCAGCACUGGAAUUUCUACUGACAUAGUAGUAAAAAAUGGCUAUGCACAUAGUGGGUUCUGAAAAAUGGAUUUUUAUAUAAAUGGGUACAUAAUACAUCUUUGGUGUUCUGACACUCUGUAAUGAAUCCAUACAUUCUUUUUCUUAAAGUUUUAAUUUAAAUUCCAGUUAGGGAACAGACAGUGUAAUAUUAAUUUCAAGUGUAUAAUAUAGUGGUUCAACACCUCCAUGUAAUACCCAGUGAUCAUCACAAGUGCACUCCUUAAUUUCUACCUCCUGUUUAACCCUUCUUUUCAGUCACUUCUCUUCUGGUAACCAUUAGUUUCUUCUCUAUAGUUAAGUGUCUCUAUCUUGAUUUGCCUUUCUCUGUCUCUCUUUUUUUUCCUCUUUGUUCAUUGUUUUGUUUCUUAAAUUCCACACAUGAAUGAAAUAAUAUAUGUCUUCACUGACUGACAUUCCAUUUAACAUAAUUUUCAUCCAUGUCAUUAUAAAUAGCAAGAUUUCAUUCUUCUUUAUGGCUGAGUAAUAUUUCAUUAUAUCUAUAUCCAUGUCUUUAUCUAUAUCUAUAUAUCAUAUCUUAAUCCAUUGAUCAGUCAGUGGACACGUGGGCUGUUUCCAUUGUUUGGCUAUUGUAGAUAAUGCUGCUAUAAACAUUGGGGUCAUAUGUCUUUUAAUUAGUAUUUUUAUAAUUUUGGGGUAUAUACCUAGUAAACAAUUGCUGGAUCAUUGGGUGCUUCUAUUUUUAACUUUUUGAGGAAUCUCUAUACUGUUUUUCAGAGUGGCUGCACCAGUUUGCAUUUCUACAAAUGGUUCAAGGGGAUUCCCCUUUUUCCACAUCCUCACCAACACCUGCCAUUUUAUUGUGUUAUGGAUUUUAACCAUUCUGAUGGGUACAGGUUGAUAUAUCAUUGCAGAUCUGAUUUGUAUUUCCUUGAUACUGUGUGAUGUUGAGCAUCUUUUCAUGGAUCUGUUAGCUAUCUGGAUAUAUUCUUUAGAAAAAUGCCUACUCAUGUCUUCUGCCCAUGAUUAAUAAGAUUAUUUGCUAUUUGGAUGUUGAGUUUUAUAUUCUUUAUACAUUUUGGAUACCACCCCUUUAUCAGAUAUGUCAUUUGCAAAUAUAUU